AUGGCCGGCUUCCACGCUUUCCUGAUGCUCACAUUCGCUUCGCUUAUCCAUGCGACCCCCUACAACGUCUUGUUGGCAAGACAAGAGCAGAGUGAAGUCUGCCCCACUGGCCUUGCAGGCUAUGCCACCGACGGAGCUCAAUGUAUCGAAACUGGAGGAGAAGAUUUCGUCUCUUCGCUCUGCGGCGCGUUCCCUCCUCUGGUGACCGAGACCUUCUCUACCUCGUCUCACCUCUGCUGCUCAGACGGUCUAUACACCUCCACCAUUCACCAGGACAAGAUACUCACACCACCCUCAUCCUUCACGGCCGUUGCACUGGCCGCCAUUGCCGAAAACUACAAGCGACAGGAACCGUCUGGUACCCCCGACUGCCUGACAGCAUAUCAGCGUCAGCGAGGCGAAGAAGGUAUCCGAGACGCAUGUAGCUGUCUGGUGCCCGGUCAAGCCAGUAGCACGACGUCCAUCACCAGGACCAAUGUCAUCACCAGCAGAAGAACCCAGACUCAACUCGGCACAACCACCAUCCGCGGAACAACCUUCUACACCAACGUCACCACCGCAACCGCCACAGUGCUCAGCACGGAAACCCGCACCAUCACCGUCCCCCGUACAAUCGCAGCGACCAGCACCCGCACCAUAACCCGCACAAUUUCCACCUCCCUCCCAUCCCCCACUCCCGCCCGCUUCCGCAUCUACUACAACGCCACCUCCCCCUCUUCCACCUCCACCACUCGAAUCUACGGCGCCCGCACUACCGCCCCGGCGGACCCCUCCGUCUACGAAAUCGCCUUCACCCCUCGCACCCUUCCCGACGAAUUCGCCCUCAAUUCUGCCUCUCAACUCGUCGACCUGACCUUCUUCCGCACCAUUACCACCCGCAAUCGCCAAGACCCAUACCCGUUCGUGUUCCUCAAUGCGGCCGCCGACGCGCAGGGUGAAGACGGACAAGGGUUGAUUGUUCCGAUGUGCUCGCUCAAAGAUAUGGCCAUUGUCAAUGAAGCAGAGUCCGACCUGGGACAGCCCGCGCCGGAUCUUUGGAAUCGAUCUUACCGACAGGAUGUCUCUGUCGGUCUUUACAUCAGGUGA